CCGCCUCCAAAUACUCCUCCGCGCGGCCGCGCAGUCGCCUCUGGUCGCCUGUGAGGUCCGAACGCAGUGCUCCGAAGGAAGCCGGCGACCGCGGGCGCCCGGCCGCGCGGGCAGCCUAGGGACAAUGGGGCCGCGGCGCUUGCUGCUCGUUGCCGCUGGCCUCAGCCUGUGCGGUCCCUUGCUGUCUUCCCGCGUCCCAGUGAGCCAGCCAGAACCUGAGACGACAGAUGUCACUUUGAACCCCCGCUCAUUUUUUCUCAGGAAUCCCAGUGAAAACGCCUUUGAACUGGUCCCCCUGGGGGACGAGGAGGAGAAAAAUGAAAGUGCCUCGCCCGAGGGCAGGGCAAUCUACCUGAAUAAAAGCCGCUCUCCUCCCACAGCACCUGCUCCCUUUAUCUCGGAUGAUGCCUCGGGAUAUCUGACCAGCUCCUGGCUGACUCUCUUCAUCCCCUCGGUUUACACGUUUGUGUUCAUCGUCAGCCUGCCUCUGAACAUCCUGGCCAUCGCAGUGUUCGUCCUGAAGAUGCAGGUCAAGAAGCCGGCUGUGGUAUACAUGCUGCACCUGGCCGUGGCUGAUGUGCUGUUCGUGUCCGUGCUCCCCUUGAAGAUCAGCUACUACUUUUCCGGCAGCGAUUGGCAGUUCGGGUCGGGCAUGUGUCGCUUCGCCACCGCAGCGUUCUACUGUAACAUGUAUGCCUCCAUCAUGCUCAUGACGGUCAUAAGCAUUGACCGCUUCCUGGCGGUCGUGUACCCCAUCCAGUCCCUGUCCUGGCGCACCCUGGGCCGAGCUAACUUCACUUGCCUGGUCAUCUGGGUGAUGGCCAUCAUGGGGGUGGUGCCUCUCCUCCUCAAGGAGCAGACCACCAAGGUUCCAGGGCUCAACAUCACCACCUGCCAUGACGUCCUCAAUGAGACGCUGCUGCAAGGCUUUUACUCCUACUACUUCUCAGCCUUCUCCGCUGUUUUCUUUCUCGUGCCACUGAUCAUUUCCACGGUCUGCUACAUGUCCAUCAUCCGGUGUCUCAGCUCCUCUGCUGUGGCCACUCGGAGCAAGAAGUCGCGGGCUUUGUUCCUGUCCGCCGCUGUGUUCUGCAUCUUCAUCGUCUGCUUUGGGCCCACCAACAUCCUCCUGAUCGUGCACUACAUGUUCCUCUCUGACAGCCCUGCCACGGAGACGGCCUACUUCGCUUACCUCCUCUGUGUCUGUGUGAGCAGCGUGAGCUGCUGCGUCGAUCCCUUGAUUUACUACUACGCCUCCUCCGAGUGCCAGAGGCACCUCUAUGGCAUCUUGUGCUGCAAAGACAGCUCCGAUGCCAACAGCUACAACAGCACCGGCCAGCUGAUGCCAAGCAAAAUGGAUACCUGCUCUAGCCACCUGAACAACAGCAUAUACAAAAAACUGCUAGCUUAGGGGAGAAAGAGUGCUGGAAGGUUACACAGAAAGGGCUGGAAAAGUGGACAGCCCGGGGAUCCUGUUAGUCUCUGGCAAGCACUGUAUUUACUUCACCACCUAGAACAACCAAUGUCUGAUCUGCAUGCCUACUUCCUGCAAGUGCUAUCAAGCAUAGUUACCAGAAAGGUAAUGGGGACAAAAGAUGUCCAGCCAACUGUCCCUUCUCAUAUAUCUAGGUGACCUGAAUAUAUAGGCAGUAUGCACAUGCGUAUUUGCAAUGCAGCGUGGAAUCGGCGCUUUGACACGUUUCUCGUUUAUUCCCUAGCAGUUACUAUGGAAAUAAUCUGAUUCUCUGACUUACUAAACAAAGUCUGGUUUGGUGGAUAUUAGCACUGAACAGCUAAAGGUGUCCAGUGAUAGGGAAGGAGUUCCUAGUUCAGAUUUAACACAGCUUUUACAUAUAUAUAUUUCCAAUUAUUUGAUGGUAAUGUUUAAGCAAUAGAAGGAUGAAACAGUAUUAUCUGUGUAGGGGAAGAUCUAGUGCUUCUCAUCUUGAAUACACCAUAGUCAAAAAUUACCAAAGCAGUUGGAAAGUCCAUUUUGAUAUGGGUAGCAUUUUUGCAAUUUACAUACUGAAUACAUGGACCAGGAUUGAGCAUGAGACCCACCAGGAUUAUAAGAAACCUUUCAGAGCAGCCAACCCCAGGAACUAGGCACAGCCAUCUCCAUGAGAUCCUCUGGACAGCUGAUACCCAUUCAGCUGUGCCUCCCAGCGAGCAGAGAUGGGGACCACAGAUGGGGACCACCAGGCCCACUCCUUGCUCAAGGCUUCCCAUCAGCUGUGAACUGACUGUAUCUGAGCAGCUAGGAUAAGACAUUGUAGGAGGGAGAUAACCACGAGAGUCGUCUGCACAUCUGAGGAGCAGAGAAAGGUGUGUUUCUAUCCAGUAGCUGUCGUGCAAGGCUGGCUCUUGCACAGACACACCCACGUGCCCUGGGCACUCUGAUGGGAACUGGGGCUGCAGAUUGACUGACAGCCAGAUGUUAUCUGAGUUCUGCCUUUGCUCAAGCAAAGCAGAUAGCUGACGUGUGGUCAACGUGAUGUAAGCACUGCAGAUACACCAUUGUACAGAGAAGUGUGUUCAGCCAGACACCACCAAGUGUAUUUCACAAAAGCAAGGCCUAACAGCUAAACAGGUUUGAAGACCUGAGUUUCCGCUUCCAGUAGCUAUAGAUUAGGGUACAAUCACAGCUUAAGAUGUAUAUUUUUAAGAAAUAAGCCCUUAGCCGGGCGGUGGUGGCGCACGCCUUUAAUCCCAUCAUGCGGGAGGCAGAGGCAGACGGAUCUCUGUGAGUUCGAGGCCAGCCUGGUCUAGAAGAGCUAGUUCCAGGACAGGAACCAAAAAAAGCUACAAAGAAACCCUGUCUCGAAAAUCCAAAAAAAAAAAGAAAAAAAAGAAAUAAGCCCUUCAGUCAACAAUAACUAGACACUAUUUAUUUACAAAUGUUUUUAUUAGAAAUUACUCAAAUAAGCCAGGCAUUGGGGCAUACAUCUUUAAUCCCAGCAUUUAGGAGGCGGAGGUAGGCAGAUCUCUGAGUUCAAGGCCGACCUGGUUUACAUGAUGACUUCCAGGCUACCUAGAGAUAUAUAGUGAGACCUCCGCUCAAAACAAUAAUGAUAUCAAAAUGAAACAAAACAAACCCCACAUUUUUAAAAAGCAAGAAAACACAAAAAAAAUUUACUUAUAAGGUCAGUCUGGUUUUUUUAAAAAUGGAAGAAAAUGAAAUUAAGACUGAAAUGUAAGAAAAUUAAUCCUGUAUUUUUCUUGAGUUAAUUAAAUUAUUUUCAAAGCAUUUUAAUGUCACAGCGACUAAUAAGUAUAUAAAAUCCUCAAGGCUUUGACAAAGUAAUUUGAAAAUUAAUUUGAAAUAUAUACUUUUCCUGAUUUAAGAAAUAUGUUGGCAUUUUAAGCAAAUAAAAGAGAGUCGAAGGACUAAGUUUAUUUAAGAGAGCGAAGUAUUUCCAGGUAUUGUAGACUAACUUCCAUGAAAGUCCUGCAGUUGUACUGUUAACUCAGUUGCUGUCCUGAUUAUCUAGAUCACUGACUCACUGUCUGGGCUCUGUCUGUGACUUACAAAACUAUUAUUCCUGUACUUGUGAACUUUGAUGUCACUGUUUCGCGUUCACUCUUUUUUAAAGGAUUACAUAACAUAUUAAUAAACCUGAAAACGUG